CGGCCAUUAAACGUCAAACGGAAAACUUGUUUUGUCAUUGCGAAGAGCCACCGAAUCCCAGAAACAAAAAUCAUUCGUUUCUGGCACUGUUUGUUGUGUUAAAUCGUUCAUUUUCCGCUACAGCACAAACCUCUCACGAAACGUGAAAAGAUGCCGUCUGAACUGAGUACGACCAAGGUGAUCGUGCACCCGCUGGUGCUGCUCAGCGUGGUGGACCACUUCAACCGGAUGGGCAAGAUCGGCAAUCAGAAGCGCGUUGUCGGUGUACUGCUUGGCUGCUGGCGUGCGAAAGGUGUUUUGGAUGUGUCGAACAGCUUCGCAGUGCCGUUCGAUGAGGAUGACAAAGACAAAUCGGUCUGGUUCCUGGACCACGACUAUCUGGAGAACAUGUACGGCAUGUUUAAGAAGGUGAAUGCCCGCGAGCGUGUCGUCGGCUGGUACCACACGGGGCCGAAGCUCUGCCAGAACGACAUCGCCAUCAACGAGCUGAUCCGGCGCUACUGUCCCAACUCGGUGCUGGUCAUCAUUGACGCGAAGCCGAAAGACCUGGGCCUCCCGACGGAGGCGUACAUUGCGGUGGAGGAGGUGCACGACGAUGGUUCGCCCACGUCCAAAACGUUCGAGCACGUGCCGAGCGAAAUCGGUGCCGAGGAGGCGGAAGAGGUCGGCGUGGAGCACCUGCUGCGUGACAUUAAGGACACGACGGUGGGCAGCCUGUCGCAGAAGAUCACGAACCAGCUGCUGGGGCUGAAGGGGCUGAAUGCACAGCUGCGCGAUAUCAAGCACUAUCUGCUGAAGGUGGGCAAUGGGCAGCUGCCGAUUAACCACCAGAUCGUGUACCAGCUGCAGGACAUACUGAAUCUGCUGCCGGACAUUGCGCAGGAAAACUUUACCGACACGCUGUACGUGAAAACGAACGAUCAGAUGCUGGUGGUGUAUCUGGCCUCGCUGGUCCGGUCCAUCAUCGCGCUGCACAAUCUGAUCAACAACAAGCUGACGAACCGGGAUGCGGAGGAGGGCAAGAAGAGCGACGAUGCGAAGGACAAGAAGGCUCAGGAGGGCAAGGAUGCCGGUGCGGAUAAGGAUAAGGCGAAGAAAGAGAGCGAGAAGGAUGGCAAGAAGGAGGACACGAAAGCGGAGAAGGGAAAGGAUGAGAAGAAAAAGUAAUGCACCCCCCUCGAGUGGCUGUUAGGGAAUGUAUUUUUUUUUCUGUGUAAGGAACGCAUAACACCUUUUUCGGUAACAAAAUAAAUUUAAAUUUAAAUCAA